AACUGGUAUUGAAAUCGGCACGAGCCGGUGGGGACAUACAAAAUCUCUCUAUAUAUAUAUAUACGCCCCUCGCAAUCAUCCGCCAUUGUUCAUUUCUUCUUUCUCUCUUUCUCUCUCUGCCUCUCUGUUUUUCCGGUGACUGGUUCUGAGAUUGAGAAUGGCCGGUGGAGGUAUAGAUCCGGGGAACGGGAAGGAGUACCCGGGAAACCUUACUCCUUUCGUGACGAUUACAUGUAUUGUUGCAGCCAUGGGUGGUUUGAUCUUUGGUUAUGAUAUUGGUAUUUCAGGUGGGGUUACAUCUAUGGCGUCGUUCUUGAAGGAUUUCUUCCCGUCGGUUUACCGGAAGGAGAUGGCGGAAUCCUCGACGAACCAGUACUGCACGUUCGACAGUCAGACGCUAACUAUGUUUACUUCGUCUCUGUAUCUGGCUGCUCUGUUGUCGUCGCUUUUGGCUUCCACGGUGACCAGAAGGUUCGGAAGAAAGCUGUCCAUGCUCUUCGGAGGUGUUCUCUUCUGCAUCGGAGCCAUUAUCAAUGGCUUAGCCCAGGCCGUUUGGAUGCUCAUUGUGGGUCGUUUGCUAUUGGGUUUCGGUAUUGGGUUUGCCAAUCAGUCGGUGCCACUGUACCUCUCUGAGAUGGCUCCAUACAGAUACAGAGGAGCUCUCAACAUUGGCUUCCAAUUGUCUAUCACUAUAGGUAUUCUGAUUGCAAACGUUCUGAACUACUUCUUCGCCAAGAUCAAAGGAGGUUGGGGAUGGCGUCUGAGCUUGGGAGGUGCCGUGGUCCCUGCUCUUAUCAUCAGCAUUGGCUCACUGGUCCUCCCGGACACACCCAACUCCAUGAUCGAGCGCGGCCGGUUCGACGCAGCCAAGACGAAACUCCGGCAAAUCCGAGGCAUCGACGACGUCGAGGAGGAGCUCAACGACCUCGUGGCGGCCAGCGAAGCCUCGAAAAAGGUCGAACACCCCUGGAGAAACCUGCUGCAGAGGAAGUACAGACCCCACCUCACCAUGGCCAUCCUCAUCCCCUUCUUCCAGCAGCUCACCGGCAUCAACGUCAUCAUGUUUUACGCUCCUGUUCUCUUCAAAACCAUCGGAUUCGGAAGCGAUGCUUCGCUCAUGUCUGCCGUGAUCACUGGGAUCGUCAAUGUGGCUGCAACUGUGGUCUCCAUCUAUGGCGUUGAUAAGUGGGGAAGAAGGUACCUUUUCCUUGAGGGCGGAACCCAAAUGUUGAUCUGCCAGAUUAUAGUCGCAAUCUGCAUUGGAGCUAAAUUCGGGAUUGAUGGGAACCCAGGAAAUUUGCCCAAAUGGUACGCAAUCGUUGUGGUUCUGUUCAUCUGCAUCUACGUAGCGGGCUUCGCCUGGUCAUGGGGACCUCUGGGAUGGUUAGUGCCCAGUGAAAUUUUCCCACUGGAAAUCCGAUCGGCGGCUCAGAGUAUCAACGUGUCGGUGAACAUGUUCUUCACUUUCAUAAUCGCGGAAAUCUUCUUGACGAUGCUGUGUCACCUGAAGUUCGGGCUGUUCCUGUUCUUCGCGUUCUUCGUGGUGAUCAUGACGAUCUUCAUAUACAUGUUCUUGCCGGAGACGAAGGGGAUUCCGAUUGAAGAGAUGAACGAGAUAUGGAAGCGGCACUGGUACUGGAGCAGGUACUUCGACAAAGAAAGCGAAAAGGAGGUGGAGAUUGGUGGAUUGAAAAAUGUGUAAGAACUAAGAAGAAGGGGAGAAUAUUGGUGGGUUUGGGUUGGUCCGUGCAUAUAUAUAUAUAUAUAUAUAGGAUCAUUGCAGAAGCUGGAACUGGAAGAACUGAAGCUGAAGAAGGGAUUUUAUUAGUUUUAUUUUCACUGUUUUUCUUUUUCUUUUUGGAUGCUCCCAGUUCUUUUCUGAAAUAAUCUUUCAUAGACCAAAUGCUUUUCUUUAAGUGUGCCUUUGUGAAGUGUUCAUCAACGCAAAAAAUAUAAAUAUAUUGAUUUAGGGUUCAACAA